CCAAGAUCGAAAUUUGUAAGUUGUCAGGAUAGAUUGCUUCUCAUCAGCUGCAAUAGAUAAUGGCGGCAACCGAGGCUCAAUCUUCUGCAGAGCCGAUGAAUGUUGAUGAGGGUGAUGAGGUCACGCCAGCUCCCUUACUGUCUUUGAGUCUUCUGCAGACUGUUAAGACUGCGCAGGCACAGCAUGGGUUGCGGCACAGCGAUUACACGCGUUACAGGCAGUACUGCACCCGAAAACUUCAUCGGCUUUACAAGGCGGUGAAAAUGACGCAUGGACGCGGCAAGUACAUCCCAAGAAAGCUGGAUGCCAACACUGUCACGGAGGUUGGGCACCUGCUGAUCCCACUGGUGGGGGCAGAGCGGUGCUGGAGCCAGGCCAUGGAGAUGAGGGCGCAGCUGGAGAAGGAGCCGCUCUCGUACAAGCGCCAACACAUGAUCCGGCGCCUUGCCAAGGCCGCGCAGCUGGCAGGGCAGCUGUCAGACCUGGCCUCCAAGUGCUGUGUUGACGGGACAGCUUUGGAAACAGAGGCCUACGCUCUGUUCAUGGCUGGCAACCUGCUUUUUGAGAAGCAGCAGUGGGAGGCUGCGCUCGCCAAGCUGGCAAGGGCAAAGUCGGUGUACCAGGAGCUGGCCAGGCUGGGCUCGCCGGAGCAGCAGGCGCUGCUGCACAAGCAGCUGGACGACCUGGCGGCGCCCAUCAGCUUCUGCAAGUACAAGCUCAAGAUGAGCAACGACGAUGAUGCGGGCGGCCUCAGUGUGCCUGACAGCCCCAGCGCCAAAGUCAUCCAGUCAAAGCUGGAGUCGCUGGCUGCGCAGCAAGGCACCCAGCAGGGCGCUUCGGCCAAGGGGGUGUCAACCAUUGCUUGGAGGGGGACCACAAGUGUGGUGGCUGCAGAGCGCGUCAGGAUCACCCUGGCAAAUGCCCUGGAUCUCAGCAAACAGGUGGAUGAGGCCAAGGCUGCCAAUAAGCCGCUGGACCAGGUGCUUGAGCUUUAUGAUGCGCUGAUUGCCGCGUUCAACGAGGCAAAGGGCUAUGUCAGGCACUCUAUCUCAGGAGGGCGCGCAAAUGAGGCGUCGUCCGGGGUGGAUGAGCUGAAGGCGCUGGAUGUGACGGUGACUGGGCUGCAGCUGGAGCGCACCAUCGAGCGCGGCCAGGCGCAGGUGGCCGACACACGCGAUCGCUACGAUGCCAGCGCCCAGUCCGAGCCCACCGUGCAGAAAGCUGUCAAGAAGAGAAAGGUGAAGGCGGAGAAGGGGGGACCGGCCAAGGCUGAGGACGUGGUGCGGCUGUACGACUCGAUGAUGAGCGCCGUGAAGGAGCUGAGCGAGAAUGCUGCGCGGCUGGGGGGCGCCGCCGGAGAGAUCCUCCUGGAAGAGUGCACCGCCAAGGCGCGCCCGGCCUGUUCUCCUCUUGAAUUUAUAGCGCAUAGGGCGACAUUCCAGGCGCUGCGGUGUUUCUACGCGGCGCGCUCGUACCUGGUAGCGGGCAAGCCGCUGGAGGCGCAGGGCCUGUUCCAGCGCACAGCGCAGCGCGUGCAGCAGGCCGAGGCCGCCUGGGACGACCUGGAACGUCCCAGCACAGAGGACCUCGCCGAGCUAGAGGCCCUCAAGGCCCAGACCCAGGCGUGGCGAUGUGCUGCGCAUGCAGAGUGUGUGGCCCAGCAGAUGCUGACGCAGCAGGAGGCGCAGGAGGGCAUCGACCAGCUCGGCCUGGACGUCAAACCUGCAGCGGCGGCGCGCUAUCUGGUGGACAAUCUGGACCGGUGGGAGUCGUUUGCUGGCGGGGAGGGGCGGCCAACGCGGCUGUGCCGGGUGCCGCCGCAGCCGGCAUCGGUGGCGGUGCGGCCGUUCAUGCUGGACAGCGCGCUCAACUACAUCCAGGCGCCCUCCCUGGAGCACCGCACUGCCAAGGAGGAGGCCAAGAGCACCUUCUCCCGCAUCUUCACCUGGGGAGCCAAGAAGUGAUUGGGUGGAAUGUGAACCUUUAGGCCGCUGCUAAUGCCCAAAGCGUCACAUAUCUGUUGAGAGCAAUGUCAAAUCCUUGGAGAUAUUUGAUCACGCCCAGCCAAUUGAAACUCCACGCAGGGGAUUGUGAAGCGCUGUUCUCAUCAUAUUCCCCUAAGAGUUGGGGGUUGUCCCGAGCAUUGUAGGGCUCGUUGGACCAGCCUUUGGGCGAAUUGUUGUUGAUAGUGGGUUGCUGCAGAAAUAUACGACGGUCUGAGAAAGCUGGCGUGAAGGUUGGACAUGAACGAUCUGUAAAUGCGAGAUGAGGAGCAGUGUGUAACAACGUCAGACAAUCAAUCUUGUCCAGCAUCCUGGUGUCUGUGCAGUGUUAUAGUAAUAAGCUAUU